GGGGUGUCUGAGCGGGUCCCAUGAAUCGGGGAUGGCGCUGUGUACAGUGUGAGUGAGCUUGCAGCCAAAGUUUCACAGCGCAGGCAGGAAAGUUUUGCUGGAUACGACAAGUGAUCUCAACUUCUGUCAUGCGGACGUUCAGGACAAACACGUGGACUAAGGACUUUAAAAAAUAAGGACUGUCGUGCAGUUACAUGGAAGUUUUGACGGAUUUUCUCCUUGUCCAUGCGGGUGAGAGCGACGCUUAACGGGACUGCUGGCUUCGCUGCUGCACGCUGUUUGUUUCAAUGGACUGCCGCGGGUUUUAUCACUCUGUAAGUUGGACAAAAACUACUGCAUGCUCGGAGACAAGUGUUCAAGACGGAGUUAUGACCUAACUUGUUGACGUUCUGCUAUGUAGCCUAGCCUCGGGGGUUUAACAACAAUGAACUCUCCCCGCGACCAGGAGCUGGCACCCUUCUCUCGCAAACACCGGCUCAUGGCUGCAUCGAUGCCCGGUGAGGACAGCGCAUUGCCCCGCAGCACUUCCAGGGCUGAUCGGAACGGAUUGGGGGGUCUUGUUCACUGUUUUAUAUGCGGGAGCGGGGUCACACCUGGGAAGGAGUUAAGGCUGCAAGUGACAUAUCAGAAAGAGAGGUCGCCUUUUUUCCCGUUUCUCCAAAAUCAAGAGCCAGCCCCGGGUGCGUGUGAACUCAGCCCGGAUGGCUGUGCGCUGGUGUGCGCCGUGUGCCACUGCUUCCUGACGGAGCAGUGGAACUCAUUUGAGCGGAGCAGGACGCCCAUCGAGAAGCGCAUGUAUUGGCUGAAGCGACCCUACCAGUGCGACUCCAGGCGGGUCCCACAAGAGUGGAACAUCUCCUACGACCUGGAAAGGAGAAUCAGCGUGGGCAGCCACAACUACGACGGAGGCGCAGAGUCUGAUUUCUCAUCUUUUUCUGAAAACGAGAACCUUUCAGACCAGGAGAUGGAUCUGGUGGAGAGAGUGGGCAAGGACAAGUGUCUGAGAGCGCCCGUCAAGUUCCCAAGAGACAGUAGCAGGAAAAACAAUGUCAUCAGUAUUAAAAGCAGCCCGGAUUCACAGCGGGCAGUGCGUUGCGCGGUGGGUGUUUAUGACGCUCGGGAAUUGCCUAAAGCUGAGAGUGUGCAGCCGGCAAGGCGCGGGGCUAAAAUUAUGAAUGUCAGUCAGUCAUCAGAGGCUCCGCUGAAGCCCCAAGAGAGAGUCCCUCAGCGGUGCUGUGGCAAUUCUCUCACUGACACACCUGUGCGAGACAACGGGGUCAUUAUGCGCAACAGGCUCUGGUUGGAGGAGGAGAGUGUCAGACAUGUGGAGCAGCGACAGAUACAGCGUGUUGCCGACAGCAGCUGCGCUCCGUCCAGGCAUCCAUCUCUGCUGCAUCGAGGGAGAGCCGAGAGCAACUCCAGCGCCGCGGCGUCCCCCGUCGCCCCCAAAUGCAACUCGGCUGUUGCGAGGGAGAUCAACUCUGACAACUCCGGAGAAGACGAGAUAAACAUCACAAGUGACGACGAGCGGGACAUUCGUGGUGCCAAAGCAGGGCCAACGACUCAGCUCAGACCUGCCUCGGAUCCUUCCGCCAGGAGGGUCUCCCAUCACCCUGCAAGCUCCUCUCCAGAGGAACGGGUUUGUUAUAUCUGUGGUUCUGGGCUCAGACAUGGGGCCCAUUUCAAAAUCAGUGUUCAAAAACAGGAGAGGGCGCAGGGAGAGCCCUUCUUCCCCUUCCUGUGGCUCCACUCAGCUCCCCGGGGUGCAGUGCCCAUCAGCCCCUCAGGUACAACCAUUGUCUGUGGCAGUUGCCACUCCUCUCUCAUGCAGCAGUGGGAGAGCUUUCAGUUGGCCGAUGUGCCCGUCCUUCAGCGCCUCUAUGUCGUCCCCCUGAAUCAAACUUCCAGUGCUUCCGGUCUCCAUCCAUCCCAACACAACAUGCUUGACAGACGAACUCCAGGUUCCCUGGAGGUCACACCUGAACCAAAGCCCUCCCAUGAAGCAUGUUUCCUCUGUGGUCAAGAGGGCAGAGGGGAUUUGAGGGUAGUGUAUGCAAAAGCUGGCGUAGGGAAGUCCCGUGCUGUGAUGUACUUUCCUUUCAUUGGCUUGUUGCCUUGCCCACCCAACGCUCAAACGGUGAAGAACGGCCGUGUGCACUGCUGCCCACAGUGCCACUCUAUUCUGCAGGAUAUCUGGAGCGCGUAUCGACUGAGCCUCAGCGAAGACCUCAUCACAUCUGUCAGCUCCUUUCUCGUUCGGUACCAUUCCUCCUUGUCCGCCGAUGGGUCCGGCCCCGUCCACUCUCAGGUGGGGGUGGUCUCUCGCCACAGCAGCUCCCUGUCGGUGUGCUACCUGUGUGGAGCUGAGCUGAGUGCAGGUGCAGAGUACCAGCUGCAUGUCAACCCCCCCAGUCGUUUUGUGGAGAGGGAGCCCUUCUUCCCAUUUCUCACAGUUUACCCACCCGCACCAGGCGCUAAACCAGUCGAUGCCACAGGCCUCGUGUCCGCCUGUAAGCUUUGCUACCACGACCUGCACUCUCAGUGGGCACAGCAUGAGAGCAAGGCCCUGAAAUCCUCCAGCCCUUCUACCUCUGGCGUACCUGGUGCCAACUCUCACCUGCCGAGCUCCCAGUGGGCCCGGCAGUACAGCUGUGAGGCCUUUGUGUGCUUCUUCUGCAGGCAGGAGCAGCACAGGCAAGGCAGGCUGUGCGCCGUCACUGUGGCCAGGCUACCUGUGUUCCUGUACGCGCCCCGCGGCCCUCGCAUGCUUCUGGUGGAUGAUGGCAGGAGGCUGGUGAUUGGUUCGUGUAUGGAUUGCAAAGCGGUGGUGCAGGUGGGACAGAGCAUGCAGCAGGAUGGAGCCAUGCCGGGACAUGGAGCCGCACUUGGAGAGAAGAGUGAGCCUGAACUGGAUUCCCCAACACAGAGACACAAGGCCAGUGCUUUGGUUUCAAGUAGCACUGGAGCCACUAAAGAGGCAGACUCAAGGCCUUCACGACCUGCGCGGGAUCACACUCCUUCAUGCCCUGCGACCUUAGCGCCAGAGAGAGGAGACGCUCCACUUCCCAGUAAGUGCUAA